AUGUACAUUGUGCGUUGUGUUGGUUCCUACGAGGGGAAUGAUUCCCGGCGUGCCUUGGGUAUUGCGGCGCAACACCGGCAUGAAGGAGCACUGAGAGCCAUUCAUUCUAACCGCCCCCAGCAUUUGCAUGAAAUACCCCGUAGCCUGAUGAUUCCUGGUAAUUCGUAUAGAAGCACUUCGCAUCGCCAGAAAACUCCAGACGCCUUCUUGGGUUGGGCGGCUAUAUUCGUGUAUUUGAAGCUCCCUCAAAGCAACCAGGCAUGCUCCAGGGAGAUUAGAGGGCGCCCGGAACAUCGAAUUGUGUCUGCACUAUUACUGUUAACGAAUUUUUGGGCCAGGUUUCAGACUGGGAUUGCUAAAUGGCCACAGAUACGAUUCGUGGCCGGUACAGCGCAGAAAGCCCGGCAGCAGUUUCACACAACGCGUACUACCUAUACUCCUCCCUGGAAUGAAAACGAAGAUUUUUUUCGAUUUACUCGCUCCAGAUUCCUCCGUGACGAAGCAAAAGAGCUGUCACGGCGAUACAUCAAAUUCAACGUCGAGGAGCUUGCAAAAAUUGCAGCCCAAGUCUCUGGCCCUGGAGCCCGCCAGUGCGUAAAGGUUGAAAAGCUAGCAGAUGGCCUAUAUAACAAGGCCUUGCUUUUGACCAUGGACGACGGCAUCCAGGUAAUUGGCAAGGUACCAAACCCGAACGCCGGUAUACCACACUAUACCACGGCCUCUGAGGUAGCUACGAUGGAUUUUGCAAGAAACAUACUUGGGACCCCGGCUCCCAAGGUCCUCAGUUGGAGCUCAGGAAUUGAUAAUCCAGUUGGAGCGGAAUACGUUAUUAUGGAGAAGAUACCUGGAGUACAACUGGAAACGCUAUGGAACCAGCUUGACGUGGAGGUGAAAGUGAACCUUGUGAAGGAGAUAGCAGGCUAUCAGCGAGACUGGACCUUGACGUCCUUUUCCCAAUAUGGGGGGAUAUACUACAAGAAGGACAUAUUUAAUGCCACAAGUUUAACAUAUACGAACAAGAAUGGGGAGCAGAUAACUGACGACCGGUUUGCCGUCGGGCCAUCCACAAGUAGACAGAACAUCGAUGAUGGAAGGGCAGGUAUCAACUUUGACAGAGGUCCUUGGAAUAGUGCGUUGGACUAUGCAAAAGCUGCUGGUUACAGGGAAAUGACAUGCAUUUCUCAGGUAAAACAACUGCCUAGAUCCCCGAUAGGUCUUUAUGGACCUCAAACAUACCGUCCUUCAAAGGAGAAGAAGAUAAAGGCGCUGCAAGCAUACCUGGAUAUUGUCGAGCAUCUACUUCCUGACGACAAAUCUAUUCAGACAUCUCACCUGUGGCACAAUGACCUACAUGCUGAGAAUAUUUUCGUGAACCCAGCAAAUCCUUCAGAGAUCUGUGGAAUCAUCGAUUGGCAAACUACUGAACUGGCACCCUUGUAUGAUCAUACAAUUGAACCUUACAUCCUUGACUACCAGGGGCCGCGUAUGAAGGGGGAUCUACUACAGCGCCCUGAUCCUAAAGAGGCUCAGAAGUUGUUUGAAGAUGAUACAGACCUUACGCCACUUGACAAGAAGCGAAAAGCAGAUUCUCUCUUCUGGAAGAUGGCACUCGUUUCUCUGUGGAGGCAUACAAUCCAUAUGGGGAUUGAACCACUCUUCCGCGCUCUUGAGUUCCGCGAAACGCUGAAAUUCACUCUUCUGAUCUUUGCUCGAAAUCUUCUCCUCGAUGGAGAGGCUGCCUACCUUGCUAUUUUGGCGGAGCAGUACCGCAAGAAUUGGGAAGAUAUUCCAGCCCUACGCAGUAAUUUAAAGAAGGGCUUCCCGUAUGAAUUUACUCCAGAUGAGCUAAAGGUUAUCGACAGCGAUUGUGAGGGUGCUACCAAUGGUAUUAAUAUCAUGGGAGAUGUCAAGGAGGCAGUCGGAUCUCAUUUCUUUCGAGUUGAUGGUACGGUGGAUCAUAAUGAAUACGAUGAGGUCAAAGAAUGUAUCCGGUUGACCAAGGAAGACUUCAUGUCAAAAUAUCCUGAAAACGAGGAACAACGCAAAGAAUGGGAAGCCGCAUGGCCAUUCGACGACUGA